AUGUUAGAAAAGUUAAAAAAAAAAAUUGUUGGUGUUGUAUUUCUGCUGGUGGGUAGGGUUCCAGGGCGGCGUAGGGUAUUGGGUUCAAGGCGGCGUAGGGUAUUGGGUUCAGGGCGGCGUAGGGUAUUGGGUUCAGGGCGGCGUAGGGUAUUGGGUUCAGGGCGGCGUAGGGUAUUGGGUUCAAGGCGGCGUAGGGUAUUGGGUUCAAGGCGGCGUAGGGUAUUGGGUUCAAGGCGGCGUAGGGUAUUGGGUUCAAGGUGGCGUAGGGUAUUGGGUUCAGGGCGGCGUAGGGUAUUGGGUUCAAGGCGGCGUAGGGUAUUGGGUUCAGAGCGGCGUAGGGUAUUGGGUUCAGGGCGGCGUAGGGUAGUGGGUUCAAGGCGGCGUAGGGUAUUGGGUUCAGGGCGGCGUAGGGUAUUGGGUUCAGGGCGGCGUAGGGUAGUGGGUUCAAGGCGGCGUAGGGUAUUGGGUUCAGGGCGGCGUAGGGUAUUGGGUUCAGGGCAGCAAAGUGAGGAUGACUGGAGUGGCACAAUUUCUGCCACAUCAUCAAUCUUCGCGACUGGACUCCACUUACACAUAACACCAGGAGGAGUGGGGUAA